CGCGGCUGGGCCCGCCCCGGUAGUGCGUCCCGUCCCGCCCCGCCCCGCCUCCCUCCCGCCGCUGCCGGGGCCCGGUGGCGCGGCCCGGCAUGGCCCCGCUGCUCGCCGCCGCCUGCCUGGGCUGCACCCUGGCCAUGUUCGGGACCGGGCUGUCCGACCUCCGCCAGAUGUUGGCAACCAAGAGUGUGGAGAACAUCCAGUUCCUGCCCUUCCUCACCACCGAUGUCAACAACCUGAGCUGGUUGGGCUACGGCUGCCUGAAGCAGGACUGGACGCUGAUCACUGUCAACGCCAUCGGCGCAGCGCUGCAGACCCUCUACAUGCUGGCAUACCUCUACUACAGCCCCUCGAAGCGCCCCGUGCUGCUGCGGAGUCUGCUGCUCUUGGCCGUGCUGGCUGCUGGCUACGGCUACUUCACCCUCCUGAUUGCUGACACGCAGACACGCCUGGUGCGCCUGGGGCUCUUCUGCAGCGUCUUCACCAUCAGCAUGUACCUCUCGCCGCUGGCUGACCUGGCUAAGAUUGUCCGGAGCAAGUCAACGCGGUGCCUGUCCUUCCCACUGACUGUCACCACCUUCCUGGCCUCCACCAGCUGGACGCUCUACGGCCUGCAGCUCCACGACCCCUACAUCACGGUCCCGAAUGUGCCGGGGAUCGUCACCAGCGUUGUGCGUUUCUGGCUCUUCUGGCGGUACCCGCCGGGCCAGGACAAGCCCUACAGACCCCUGCACGCCUGAGGGGGCCCCGCUGCGCCCCGAGGAAGGAGCCCACACCAUGAAGGAUCCCCCCAACCCCUGCCAGUCUGUUCCAGCGUGGACCAGCCGCAGGCACCAAGCUCCAGGUGCCACCGUGGCACUGCUGUCCCCCUCGGCUAAGGGCUACCUGCUCCCGGCAGGACUGGGGCCCUGGGAGGGCACCUCCUGUCCGUGCCGCCACAGCGCACCCUCGCCACCGUUCCACCAGCCCUUGGUCCUUUGGUGAUGGUUGGGUUGGUCUCAGGGAUGUCUUCGGGGUGCCAGGAGCCCCCCACCCCCCCCAUCCCUGGGCACCCCGCCUGUCCCUGGGGACCCCUGGAUGAUCUUCCAUGCCCAUGGCUCUGCCGCAACGCGGGGCUGGGGCUGCCGGGAAGCCCUGCAUCUCUUUUGUACGAAUUUAAGUGCCUUUUAAUAAAUCAGAGACUCUUCCCAGUG